GGUUGGGCACACAUUUUACCAAGUGGCUGUGACAUAAACGGACAGACAGACGGCCAUGACGAAUCUAUAGGGGUUCCGUUUUUUGCCAUUUGGCUACGGAACCCCCAGAAAUGCAACGCUAUAACAAGCCACAAAGGGAGUUGUUCCACUGAUGAUUUACCUAUAUCUAUCUAAGUAGUUAAUGACAAUUCUUACGGAAACCUGAAUAAGUAUAGCUUAACGAUAAUGCGUUAGUAUUAAUGGGUGAAUCCGCCGACACGGUUCGAUUCCCUAUGGCUUUUACUUUCUUUUUGUCGAUAACAGAUACAUUUCCUUAUACGUAUGUAACGUUUGGAACGCGUACGUCCUCGGCCGCGCGCCGCAGGCGCCUCGGGCACGCGCCGCCUGGUGCCGGAAAUCCACUUCCCACCCCGCGUAAGCGCAUGAUACCGAUCGAUUGAAGUAUGACUCGAUGGUAUAUUCAUGUAAUCUGAAAUCGGUAGGCCAUGAGUGAAACGGAGGAUUGAACGAACCUCGUAGUGCACGCCAACUUACCUGUAUGUAAUUAUAUUCUUCGUACACACUCAAACGCGAUCUACUACACGAGAUGUAGAUAUAAGUCUUGCUUUUUGCCAAGCAUUCUAUCGGAGAAAUUCACUUGGAAAAUAUUUCUCGAUCAUUUUCAAGUUCAGUUACGUAAGUACGCGUGCGGGAGAAUUGGUGCGGAAUGGCGGAUGUUUGGUGGUGCUCGACGGCGAAGUGGCGCGCGGUUAUAAGCUCGCACCCGCUCCUCCGGCUGUCAGUUGCCGAUAGACCACCCUCGCAGACGUUGAUUUCUAGUUAUUAGUGCAGUGUGUGAACAUACGUCAAAAUAACAAAAUGUGUUCCGCUUUUCGGAUAGCCGUCGUGUCAGUUAUCUGUGUGGCUGUCGCCUUUGGCCACGUGCACGGACCCCGCAGAUCCCGCCGGAUGGAUGCCGAGGAUUAUGCACAAAACGAAAUCGACAGUGGAAGAGCCGAAGAGAGCUCGUGGUGGCCUUCGGCAGAGUUCGCCGUUUUGCAGAAAGUUUAUGACGAUUGCAGUGCGCAAAAGCACCUGACGAUGUGCUUAAAGGGCAAAGCCCUGCACGCCCUCACACGGGCCGUGGAACAGGAGAGCGUGCAGCUCGCGGACGGGCUCACCUUGGUGAAGCAGGCGGACGCUCCCGCGGCAGUCGCGGAGCCGCGCUUCUUCCCUGGCAUGUCCACGGAAGACAAGCUCGAUAUGGCUCUGCGCACUAAAUUCGAGCAAUUGAUGAACUCGCACACCAUCUCGAUGGACUUGGCUUCGGAGGGUAGAGGCAGAGGCAAGAAAGUGCUCCCUUACCUGCUGCUCGGUAUCUUCACCACCGUAAGCGUGGUGGGAGGCAUCGCCCUCAAGACGCUGGCAGCCAUCGCUGGCAAGGCGUUGAUCGCCAGCAAGGUCGCGCUCACGAUAGCCGGUAUCAUCGCCCUGAAGAAACUCUUCAGCCACGACGGCGCCCCCGGCGAAACUACCUUCCAAGUGCACGCUGAUGGACAUCAUAGUCUUUAAUUCGAAGGCGGAAUAUGUACGUGGUGAGGCCAGCGAAAGCAAGCGCGGUGGACCCAUACCGAUACUACGGCGAGCAGACGACGUCCACCGCUGCCGCCAGCGCGUAGCCCGCGCCCCGUCUCACCCGCCCUGACCCGCCGCGCCUUCGCCCACACAAAAACCUCAAACCAAAGUACCGUCCAUGCUAUGGACAUCCUACUAAGACGAUUGGUCGUCCGCUCUCGUUGUCAAAUCUAUGUCAAUAAAUUAUUUAGUGUAAUUUAUUUAUUCGUGACUACGGUUAUAUGUUUAAAGUUAAAUAAUUGUGGAAGUGAUGUAAGAGAUAAUAAAAAACAUGACACUGAAUAUGGUUUCAUUUUCCGGACAGUCUGGGUUAACACCCAGACUUUAUUAUUGAAGAAUUCGAAAGAUUAUAGAAGAAUUAA